UUUUUGCAGAAUUAAACACACAAUCCCUUAGUAAUUAUUUCAAAAAGUAGUAGAAAAUGAUUGAAAUCAGUAGACGAACUUUGGCGCUGAGUAUGGCGCUAAUAGCUACUAUACAGAUGACAUUAUGGACACCAAUAAACAGUUUACCUCAAGGUGCACCGGAAACGGUGUGCGACACAAUGUUGCCGUUCCACGGUGGUGGCAUUCCGCCUUCGAGUUCGUUGCCGCCGUUCCGAAUAGAAACGUCGUCGUUGGUAAUUGGCCAAGGGCAAACAAUGCGUGUGGACAUUACCGGCGUUCCACCUGGCUUGAGUUUCGGGGGAUUCAUGGUGCAGGCACGCAACCGAAACUCGCCCCAUCAAAUUAUUGGUCAAUUUAAUCCGUCAUCCGAUGGUCGGGCCAAGCUAAUGAACUGCGAAGACUCUGUUGGAAACUCGGCAACGCACACAAAUCCGGGACCAAAACAAUCCGUAAGCUUAGAAUGGCAGUCUCCGGUCGACUUCUUGGGUGAAGUUGUCUUUAACGCAACUGUGGCCCAAGCAUACGACUCAUUUUGGGUCGGUAUACCAUCGAGUCCCGUACAAGUCGUGCGGCGCGAAACAGCUGGGGCUUAUCCUCAGACCACACGCCUACCUUAUGUAACACCUCCGCCGCGUGGAGUUUACGCACCACAGACAGAAGUACCGACAGUGAGAGAGUCCCAGGAAGAUCCUUUCUACUCGGAAUGUGGUCGAAGUAAAACUUGUUUCGGCUUUCCGAAUGGCUGCAUCGAGGAUAAGUCUUGUAAAUCAUUAUCGGCCAUAACGGUACGCGGUGAUGUGUAUGAAUUCGAAAUGAAAUCGGGACGUGAUGGUGCCGCUUAUAUUGCAUUGGGACUUUCGGAGGACGCUAAAAUGGGCGAAGAUCUGGUAACCGAGUGUGUGCCACAGAACGGCAGGGUGAAUUUGUACUCAUCCUACACAUCGGGCGCACCAAAUUAUGGUUCCAGCAGAGCCAAUGUGCCACAAAACGGGGCUCGUCUACUUCAAUCGUCAGUCAUUGAUGGUGUCAUCUAUUGCAAAGUGCAGAGGGAUGUGGUCACUCAGGUGCGGGGCAAACGAUUCGAUUUGCUCAAUAAUAAAUAUCACCUUUUGCUAGCAGCUGGCACGGCACUGAAAGAUAAUAGUGUUGGGUACCACGACAUCGGCCGCUUGCCAUCUGGCAGUCCGAUAAAUUUGGCAGUCGUUCAGGCCCUGACCGGUUCAUCUACGUUGCUGUUGCGUUUGCAUGGCGCCUUCAUGGUGAUUGCAUGGAUCGGCACAACGUCAUUGGGUAUUCUAUUAGCCCGUUAUUUCAAGCAAACCUGGGUGGGCAAACAGACUUGUGGAAAAGAUCAAUGGUUUGUGUGGCAUCGCGUUUGUAUGGUCACCACCUGGUCACUGACGGUUGCUGCUUUCAUUAUUAUAUUUGUUGAAAUUGGCGAGUGGUCAGGGGAGCGUAAUCCACACGCUAUUCUUGGCACUAUAACGACCAUCAUUUGUUUCAUUCAGCCAAUAGGAGCUCUCUUCCGGCCAGCACCGAAUUCCAAAAAUCGGCCAAUUUUCAAUUGGGCUCAUUGGCUGGGCGGCAAUCUGGCCCACAUAUUGUCGAUUGUCACAAUAUUCUUCGCUGUCAAGUUGUCUAAGGCUGAGCUGCCCGAGUGGAUGGACUGGGUGUUGGUGGCGUUCGUGGUGGUGCAUGUAAUUGUUCAUUUAAUCUACUCAAUAGCCGGUUGCUUCUCGGACCGCCAGCAGGCGCAGCAGGCUAAUGCCUUUCAAAUGAGCGAUAUGGGGCACCAUGGCAUGCGCAAUGGCCACAGGAUGGACCACAAACUGGACGCACCGUAUGCCAGUUUUCGCAAGGGUCUUUUGGCAGCCUAUACUGUAAUACUGAUACUUUUUGUUGUUGCCCUGGUGCUAAUAGUGGUACUGGCUCCAAUCGAAGAAACUGUCGAUCAACUUAGCGGCAACUGAACAAUUUUUCAUCCGUAUUAAGGGCCAUUGAACGUAUUCAUACAUAUAUGUACAUACAUACAUACAUACAUAUGUAACUGAAGAAAUCGACAACCUGAAAACAAUAAAUACCAAGGGAACAUGCUCAAGUCUACAAGAUGUGGAACACACACACGCUAGUGCUAUGCUAAGCCUCCAUGCAAUUUAAGCUAUAUAGUAUGUAUAUGUAUAUUUGUUUAUAAUUCGUUGUACUUGUACCUCAAAGCAUUUUUAGCGUAAGAUUUUACUAUGCUUAUGAACAUACAAUCAUUUACCAUACAUACUUUUAAUAUUACCGUUUAUUGUUUUAUCAAGAGAUUUAUUGUAAACUGUUGAAAUAAUUUAUUCCAAAUAAAAAUUUUAUUUUAUACAGA